CGGAUAAUACUGAUAAGCGCUUUGCCGUUGCAAUAUCACUUCGUAGUAAUUUAUAGUUUUGUUUCAAGUUCGUUCUUUUGCAAAAUCAUGAAUUUAUUAAUUUUUGCGUUUAUUCAAUUAUCUCUUUGGUCCAUAUUAACAAUUUCAAGCGAUGAAGUCGACAACUAUAAAUGUACCAAAAAAUUUUGCGAGGAUUUCAAAGAAACUGCAUCCUGCCGAGCCAUGAGUAUGACCUGUAGAAAGAAUCCGAACAGCACACACUUACCGUUUCCAGAUACGUGCAGUUGCUGCGACUAUUGUUUGAAGAAUCUUGAGGAAAAGGACAGGUGCACAGUAGGAUGUCCAGGAGCUGUGUCGCCUUUGGAAGUGUGCGGGCCUGGCUUGCAAUGCAAAACAAGCAAAUAUGAGACGACGUGUGAAGAAAUUGAAAGUGCUUGCACAAACGCUCAAAAGGCAUAUGAUAAGCGCAAAGAAGAAGGCACUCUUGGAAUGGCUGAAAUUCGACCGAAAUGUAACACCGAUGGUCUAUAUCAAACUGUACAUUGUAUUCCUGGCUCUAUAUGUUACUGUCUAUCGCCCGAUGGACAUAGAAUAUUCGGAGAGAUUCCGUAUUUGGAUUACGAAGAUGAAAAGAAGAUGACAUGUGGCUGUUCGAUAAACGCAUGGAAAGCACUGAACACGUUAGACCCAAAACACGAAAUUAGUGUAGCUCGUUGUACGGAAAUCGGAACAUUCGAUCAACUACAGUGCGUGAAGGGCGAAAACUCGACUUGCUUUUGCGUCGAUUCUCAAUUGGGCUCACCGAUAUCGAAUACCGACAUCGUUUUCGAAGAAUAUAUCAACGUGAAUAUGCCAGUCUGCUUUGAUUCAUCAAGGCAUAGACCCGGUACUUACAGCACGUCUUGUGAGAUCGAACGUGAAGUUUACUUGAGUUACAAGGAAGAUGAAGAGAAUGCGAAAACUGGUUUGCUCAGAAUCAACGAGCCUUUUUGUCAGCCCGAUGGGAAGUACGAUAGAAUACAAAUAGCUGGAUCGAAAAAAGUGUGCACCGAUAUGGAUGGCAGACAAAUUGACAGUUAUGAAGCUGACAUCGCGGACAAAACUAUCGACUGCAAUUGCGCAAGAACUCGCUUAGUGCUUUCCAACGCAGGAGUCGUCGAAUUGCCGACCUGCUGUCCAAACGGAAACUUCGAAGCCUGGCAGUGUCGGAGAAAACAGUGCUUCUGCGUCGACAAUUACGGCAAUCAGGUGGGUCGCGAGUACAGUUCCUCGGAGCUCUCGAAGCUUGACUGUUACAAGAAGAACGAGGGCUUUCCAUGUUGAUCUGCAGUAGCUUCAUCAGGUUAUUUGUACAGCGCGUCUAUUUACACAAAAUAAAUUAGUCUUAUAUACAAAGCA